AUGUCGUCGUCGGCGUCUCGGCCAGCUCUCGGCCUCGACGAGCGGCUCGGCUACGUGCAGUGCAGGUUCUGCGCCACCAUCUUGCUGGUGAGCGUGCCGUGCAGCGGCCUUCUCAAGAUGGUGGCCGUGCAGUGCGGCUGCUGCGCCGGCGUCCUCUCCGUCAGCGUGGCUUCUCCCCCUCCGCCGCCGCCGCCGCCGUCCGUCGAGCUGCCUCUUCAGUCUGUAUACCAAACUGACGGGUGGAACAGGAGCUGGGCAUUGAUCCGCCGCCGAGAGAAUGGUCGGACGACAGCAGCGCCGGCAACGACAACGACGACGACGGGGAGGGAGAGGUCGUGGAGAAGAGUGCCACUGCCGUCAACAAACGUAGACAAACUUACCCGUCUUUUCUUGUGCACCGGCAGACAGAUCAUGAGCUAUGCUUCUUUUGCAGCGCCGGUGAGGAAGCAGCGGACGCCGUCGGCAUACAACUGUUUCAUCAAGGAAGAGAUAAAGAGGAUUAAAGCCAUGGAGCCUGACAUCACCCACAAAGAAGCAUUCAGCACGGCUGCUAAAAACUGGGCUCACUUACCCAGAAUUCAGCACAAGGGAGACUGAUGAAACUGCUGCCGGCUUCACGUGCAAACUGCAAAAGGAGGGGGGAGCAAAAUUAGUUUCCAUGCAAGUGAGACAGUGAAUCCUCUUUCAAGCAGAGUGAUUUGCCUCUGUUAAUAGCCAAGUCUGCUCUAUUCUGCGAGAACAUAACUAUGAGUUAAC